AUUUACAUGGAGAAAUGUCACGAUAUCAAAUAACAUUGACCUUGCACAAAGCUAGCAAGCAUCCAUGUGCUAAAUGCUUUAUAGAAUAAAUGAAUCAACUGAAACAAAGAGACGACAGAGACUGUGGUGUGACGUAAUUCUACAUCACAGCCUGCGGAAUUCAGCAUCUCUCCCGCUUGCAUGAUACGCCCUAUUGAAAACAAAGCAACACUGGAAAUGAGGUCCUAAAGAUGGCCAACUCUGUGGCUUCCUAUGACCAGCUAGCCCACCAGGUAGAGGCACUCCGGAAAGAGAAUUUCCAUUUGCGGAGGGAGCUGGAGGACAACACCAACCACUUGUCGAAGUUGGAAAAUGAGACUUCUGACAUGAAGGACAUCCUGAGACAGUUACAGAGCAAACUGGAGCAGGAGGCUGGUACUUUAGCUUCCUCUGGAAGGGCAGAUGUGUUGGAUCAACUUAAAGAACUGCAUAUGGACCUCACCAACUACUACGAGCUAAAGCAUCAGCCACACAACCUGCAUGUUCUCUCAGACACCCUAUCAUGUCUGGCCAAACAGUCAGACGGGGAUAUAGAGACAACUCUCUCCUCCAGACUGGAGAGAACUAAGAGCCUUUUUAGGCCUUUGGCCCUUCAAAGCUCUAAUCUGUCUGGGGAUGACACAAUAAUGCACCCUGGUCACCCUCACAUCCUGGAGGGAGCCCCACCCAAAAGAGCUGCGAUUGGAGGAGAGUAUCACAUUACUGCCCAGUACUUGGAGGAGUUAUGUAAAGAAAGGACUAUGCUGUUGAGUGAGAUAGAUAAAGAAGAAAGGGAGCGUUGCUGGUACUACACACAGCUCAAGGGAUUGUCUCAGCGGCUAGCAGAGCUUCCAUGUAUUGACACGUUCUCCUUGCAAAUGGACCUCAUUCGCCAGCAGCUGGAAUUUGAAGCCCAGCAAGUGCGUUCUGUAAUGGUGGAACGUUUUGGAACCAGUGAUGAAAUGGUACAUAGGACUCAGAUCCGUGUGGCUCGUCUGGAACAGCUGGAAAAAAAACUACAGGAGGCUCAGGAAUGUCAAAGCCCCCAGGACAAUGGCCUGUGUGAGCCUCAGAUUUUUAACUGUGAGAAGACAUCUAAUCCUGAUGCUGAGAAUGCAAGUUCUGCUUCUGCUCUUGAAGCGUCAGGUGAUAGAGGGAGCAAGGUGGAGAUGGUUUUCUGGCUGCUCUCCAUGUUGGCUAACCGAGACAAGGAAGAGAUGACACGAACUCUAUUGGCCAUGUCUAGUUCUCAAGACAGCUGCAUUGCAAUGCGCAAGUCUGGCUGUGUCCCCCUGCUUGUGCAGAUCUUGCACAACAUUCCAGGGGCCACUGAGGAAGCAUUGAGGGGUGCAGGGUGCAAUCGGGAGGUCAAGUCCAGAGCCAGUGCUGCCCUGCACAACAUCAUAUACUCACAGCCAGAUGAAGGGCAGGCCCGGAGAGAGAUGAGGGUGCUGCACUUGCUGGAACAGAUCUGCUCCCACUGUGACAGUGGCUGGGAUUGGAUGGAGAGUCAUGUUGGGAAGUUCUCUCCUGGGGGCACCAAGACCACUGACAUCCCUGAGCCAUUAGACCCCCUGAUCUGCCAGGCCAUGUGUGGUAUAAUGAAGCUCUCAUUUGAAGAGGAAUAUCGACGUGCCAUGAAUGAACUUGGGGGUUUGCAAGUAGUUGCAGAGCUGAUGUAUCUCGAUCAGGAGAUAUAUGGCAUGCAAAAUGACCCACUUAAUAUGGCACUCCGACGCUAUGCGGGCAUGGCACUCACAAACCUUACUUUUGGAGACGUUGUCAACAAGGCAACUCUUUGCUCCAAGAAAGACUGCCUGCAGGCCAUUGUUGCGCAACUUGCAUCUGAUAGCGAGGAGCUACAUCAGGUAGUGUCUAGUAUCCUUAGAAAUCUAUCAUGGCGAGCUGAUAUCAACAGCAAGAUGGUCCUCAGAGAUAUUGGGAGUGUAUCUGGAUUGAUAACUUGUGCUCUUCAAGCCACCAAGGAAUCUACCUUAAAGAGUUUACUCAGUGCUCUGUGGAACUUGUCAGCGCACAGCAUUGAGAACAAAGUGGCAAUUUGCUCAGUGGAUGGGGCCCUUGGCUUUCUGGUCAGCACACUCACCUACAGAUGUCAGACCAACUCAUUGGCCAUUAUUGAGAGUGGAGGAGGUAUCCUGCGCAAUGUGUCCAGUCUUGUGGCCACACGAGAAGAUUACAGGCAAAUUCUCCGGGACCACAACUGUCUCCAAACUCUGCUGCAACACUUACGCUCUCACAGCCUAACAAUAGUGAGCAAUGCAUGUGGGACUCUUUGGAACCUGUCUGCUCAAAGUGCCAAGGACCAGGAGUUACUGUGGGACAUGGGAGCAGUCAGCAUGUUACGCAACCUAAUCCAUUCCAAGCACAAAAUGAUUGCCAUGGGAAGUGCUGCAGCUCUAAGAAAUCUCAUUACAAACCGCCCCUUAAAGUAUAAGGAUGCUGCUGUCAUUUCCCCUGGAUCCUGCAUGCCUUCUCUAUAUAUGAGGAAGCAGAAAGCAUUAGAGGCAGAACUAGAUGCAAAGAACCUGACAGAGACCUUUGACUCUCUUGAAAAACUAAGUCCAAAACACCUAAGCAUUAAGAAGCCUCUGCGACACAUAGAAAGCCUGGCGAAGGACUAUGCGUCUGACUCUGGAUGCUUUGAUGAUGACGAAGCCCCUAAUGUCUGUGGUAGCCUUGACAAUGGUAGUUUUUCCAUGCUUUCCAUGUUUCUGUCUAACUCUAACCUCCUCCAAAAUCAGCCUUGUAAGAAAGACAAUGAGCCAGAGAGAGAGGUUGUGCUGUUACAGACAAUGGAAAAUGGGCCCACCUCUACUGAUGAUGUGUCUGCUGCUGCAGAGAAGUUAGCUAAAAAGAUCACUAAUACUGUGGCCAAGAUUGAUAAGCUUGUGGAGGACAUCACCAUGCAUACAUCUUCAGAGGACAGCUUCAGCCUCAGUUCAGAGGACCAUUUUGCAGACUGGCCCUAUGGUUCAGGUGAAUUGCAUGAGGCCCGGGCCAAGUCUUGUUCCCCAUUCCACUUUUCUGAUACCAGCAGCCUUGCCCACAAAGAUCAGCUGAGCAGAGCCCAUGCUCUUUUGCGCCUCAAAACUGCCCACAUAAGUUUAUCCACUGAUAGUCUUAACAGUGGCAGCACCAGUGAUGGCUACUGUGGAAGCAAGGAUCAAAUCCAACCCUCAUCAAAAGUAGUAGCAAAGCAAAGCCGGCCUAAUAAGCUUGACCUUAAGCUGGCUCAUCAAGAAUAUCUUAAUGGUGAUGCUCUGGUCCUUCGUGAAACAAAUCAAAUUGAAGUCCCAAAGAGAGAUUCUAUAAAUGGAGAAGUGAAAUUACCAGAGUACAAUAGCACAGAAACUGAGAAGUAUCAAGAGCUUCACCCACAAACACCAGCAAGUGUAUCAACAAAAUUAUCCUCUGAUGUUAGCAUGACUUCCGUAAAGUUGUCCCCCUCUUAUAACCAUGUCCCGUUGAUUCAAAGUGUUAACAAGUUAGGUAUAGCAAAGACUUCCAUCAGUGCCCAAGCUGCCCAGGCAAUGAGAAGACAAGCUUGGGUUCCAACUGUAAUGACUGGGGGAAGUAUUUUAAAAUGUUCUCCAAUGAGCACUGCUAAAAGUCCAAUACUUGGGCCAAUGGAGACACUACAGAAGUAUUCAGUGGAAAACACACCAAUCUGUUUUUCUCGUUGUAGUUCCUUGUCCUCCCUCUCUUCUGGUGAUGGAGCACUUGAUGGGCACAGCCAAAGUGAAUAUGAGUUAGAGAGUGAAUUAUCUCUUGAGAUCAUUGAAGUGGACGAUUCUGAAGUGUUAAACAGAGAGGAAGAAAAUGAGACCAAGGACGAUCUGAGAUGUGAUAAACAACUGCUAGUGACUGAUUCAAGAACCAACAGGUCUGACCCUAUAGAAAUUCCUUGUACAGUUAAGCAUGAGAAGAUAUUCCUCCGGGCCGGAUCACCUAGCAUACUUGAGGACAGAUCACCCUCAAGUUCUUCUGAAAACUACAUACAGGAGACACCCCUGGUAAUGAGUCGUUGUAGUUCAGUUAGCUCACUGGGUAGCUUUGAGUCUCCCUCCAUUGCCAGCUCUAUUCUGAGUGAUCAAUGCAGUGAAAUGAUUAGUGGAACCUUAAGCCCAAGUGAUCUUCCUGAUAGUCCAGGACAAACCAUGCCCCCGAGCCGCAGCAAAACUCCAUGCUGUGUUGAAUCUAGUGGCCCAGAUACACAGAGUACAGUAAUAGCUGGACAAUGGGAAAGCAGCUUGUGCAAGUUCAUGGAAAUUGCAGACUUCAAGGAAAGGUUUAAUAUACCUCCUGAUUUGGACACAAUGAUAUACUUCACUGUGGAGAAGCCAACAGAAAACUUUUCAUGUGCAUCUAGCUUAAGCGCUCUUCCUCUUCAUGAGCAUUACAUUCAGAAAGAUGUUGAACUUAAAUUGACACCCUUGCAGCAGCAGAAGGACAAUGAUAUUGCAUUCCCUGAUGAUAAAGAGCAUUCAUCAGUGAUGGACCAAGGAGGUAGAUAUAGUGAAGGAAAUUCAGAUGAAGACACAGAAAUUCUCAAAGAAUGCAUAAAUUCAGCAAUGCCUUCCAAAUUCAGGAAAGUAAGACCCUCUUUGAUGUCUACUUUACCAACCCAUGUUCUCAACUGCCAGUCUCGAAAACCUAUACAUGUGCCAAUGUACAUGAUGCUUCCAAACAAUGGUAAACAAAUGUGUACUAAGGUUGUUAUGCCACAAAAGGACAACCAGCUUGAUGAUUCAUCAUUUACUGACUCUGCAGAGGGCACCCCUAUCAACCUCUCCAGCACAACAUCUUUAAGUGAUGAAACACUUCAGUAUCCAGUUAGGAACACGGGUUCAAAAGAUUGGCCGGUUAGGAAUAGUACUAAACAAGAACUUCUGAAUGAUGAGGCAAAGAGAAUUGAAGACCUUCGGAUUUUCUCACACUUCCAUAAGCCCUCUAAAAUAACUAGUCGACAUGACAUGCUAGUCGGUACAAUGAGCAGAUCAAUUAAACAUGUCAUUCCCACUCAGAAAGUGCUGAUGCAGAGCAAAGAGGUAACUGAUCGAGUGGUAAAUCAGAGAAACUGUGAUCAGGCAUCUUAUGAACAAAGACAAAAGUUGGCUCUGACAAGGAAACUAGAACUUCCUGUCAAAAAACAAAAUACAGUGGCCAAUCAAAAUCAGAGAGCCCCCCAAAGACAUGUGGCUCCUGAGCCUAUGUGUCAUAUCACACCAACUGAGGGGGCAAUCUACUGCUUCUAUGAUGAAGAAAGAGAGAGAAAACAAGGAAAUACAAAGAGGACAGAGAGACAGCUAAAUAAGGAGAGUAACAGGGAUAUUGUUUCUCGAAGCAUGACAAAUAUUAGUAGGAUUGACAACUCCCAAAUAAGACACAAAGUUGUUAAUAAAGUAAGGCAGAAUCUAAUCAAGGAUGACACACCACUGUGUUACUCCCUAAGCUCAUCUCUUAGUUCUUUGAGUGAUGCAGAUUUGAAAGACCACAAAUCUAAAUCUCUCAAAGUUUGGGCAAAAAACAAACACAACCAAGCAUCUAACAAGGUUCAGCAAACAAAAACAAUGCAUAUCUAUGACCGGUAUGGCGGACACAGCUCACCAAGUUCAGUAAGUAUGGAUUCAGAGGAUGAUCUUCUGCAGAAAUGCAUAACAUCUGCAAUGCCCAAGCAAAAGAAGAAACUUUCUGCGAGAAAGAAAAAAACUGAGAAGAAUCUGAAAAAGAAGAACCCACAAAAAGUAUCUGAUGGGUGGAACAUUGAACAAGGCUGUGACAGUGACGAUACGGCUUCUGACAUAGACUCAGACCUCAACAGUGUUGAGUGGAGAGCAAUACAAGAGGGAGCCAAUUCUGUUGUUAACAGAUUACAAGCAUCAAAAUCUCAAGAACACUCAUCUGAAGAAUCUGAAUCUGUACUUUCCUUCAUGUCUGGAUCUAGCUUUACCCCCAAAGAAAAGAAGUUUUCUGUAGACAAAAAGGCAAACAAACCCCUUGACUUUGCUCCACGUAAGCCAGUUCCCAAUAUGCCAAUGGUUUUUAGAGGCAGAACGGUGAUAUACACACCCAAAAAAGAGAUGGCUCUUUCACAAAGGCCACUGCCAAUGAAAGUGUCAAUCAAGACAGAUGCUCCAAAAAAUCCAAACUUGGCUCAACAUCGAUCAAAGAGCCUUCACAGGUUGGGGAAACCCCAAGAAAUAGAGUUGUCAUUGCCUAAAAGGAGCUCAACUCCACCUCCAAGGAUACCAAAGAGUUCAUCGUCUGGAUCAUCUCAAAGCUCAACACCAUCAAGGCAGUCACAGAGGAAGUUGACCUCCCCAUCUCAAUCAACAAAAGCCAUCCCCCAAAAAAGUGCCACUCCUGCUAGUAUUUCAUCUGAAAGAAAAGGACGCUCCCUUGUUUGUUCAAAUCAGAGUCUGAAAUCUCAAGCACAUAAGACACAAAAGUCACCUGUCCGAAUAACAUUCAUGCAGAACUCCACAAGGCAGUCCAGAACAGUAUCACCUCUAGUGACAAAUCAACCUACAAAUAUCAAUAGACCACAUACUCAGGUACCAGAAAAAAAGACCUGUCCUGUCAAUCGUUAUGACUUGGUACGGAUGACCUCUGUUCAGUCAAAUAGCAGUGAGUCGGAUCAGAAUGGGCUCUUAAGACAACUGACCUUCAUUAAAGAGUCAAAGACUCUUCUUAAACGUAAUAGUUCUUCACCACGCUCCAUGGCUACAACCCAGCAGGCAUCAUCCAUGAGAACAUGUCCAGGCGCUUCUGCAGUCUUCCUCUGUUCGUCUCGAUGCCAAGAGCUAAAGGCAGUUGUGCAGGCACCAAGAAUAAUGCAAGGAAAGGGCCAUGAGCCAAAGCAGCAAGAUAAAGGGCAAACAGUCAGUCUUGCUAGAACCACAUCUAGUGAACACAACCUACAUGCACAACGUUCAUCUAGGAGAACCAGCUCUGAAAGCCCCUGUAGGGUACCUCAGAGAAAUGGAUCAGGGAGAGUGUCUGGAGACAAGCAGCAAGAAAAAGAUACUUUCAAGAGGCAUUCCUCUUCACCCAGUAUAAACAUUCUGAGCCGGGUUACCAGCCGCUCCUCUCUCCGGUCUUCGUCUUCUGACUCAAGUGGGCGAACAAAGAGUGAGGAUGAUACAAAGAAAAGGCAGCAGAGGACUGGAACACAUCUGAAUGACAAACUCACUUGGAGAAGGAUUCGGGAUGAGGAUGUACCUCAAAUCUUGAAAAAUACUCUUCCACCAACUGCUUUACCCCUGUUUGUUUCUGCUGAGCAGCCCAAAGGCAACCAGCCAGCACUGCCAGGCAAGCUACCAACAAUUUUGCUUAAGUCACGAAAAACAAGUGAUGCCACCGUCCAAACAGAAGAUUUCUUGACCAACAAGACCCAUUCAAGCACCUCUCCAACCACAGACACAGCUCUGGUCUUCUCUGAGGAGGCAGAAAGACUUGCCCUACUUAGAAAAAUCGAUAUUGCCUCUGGAGGUAACCUACAAGAUGGAGACUUUGACUGUUCCAUAAAUAGCUAUAGCACAGCCUAUACUGCAAACUCUCAUCCAGUAGAGAGUCACACAGGUGGGGUUGUCCGCUUCCGUCAAAGCUCUCCGAGCAAAGCUGUAAGGGUCACCCCAUUUAACUACAUACCCAGCCCUAUGGGGUGUUGCCUGCAAGAUAAACAGAGCCAAUCAGUCACAAUCAAUAAGAAUUCAAAUGAAAACACGGAGGCAUAGUUUCUUUAGUCUAUACUAAUGAAUUGUCAAGAUGAGAAAAAUAAUACUUUGGACCUUUCAGGUGAAUUAGCUUUUUAACCUUGCAUUAUGCCCCAACCCCCUUUCCAUCACAUCUAAAAUGCAUUUUAAACUAAAACACUUAUUUAAAGAGAAUCUCAUUCCAUUUACUGUUCAUACUUAUGGAUGCGCAAAGACAGGACUAAAAGGGGUAGAUUUCAAAUAUCCCCAUGGGAAGAGUUUUAGAUAGCUGUACAAAAUGGAAGAUCACCUUUUUCUACUUUUUGUAUUCCAUUGCCUGUUACAACUGUAUUGUAAAUGUGCAACAACAAAAAAGAAGCAUAAUGCAAAUCACUGAAUAAAAAAGCAAUUGCGUUUUACUUGACAAUGCACUGUGGCUAACUGUUGACAUUCAAAAUAUUAUCUGUAUAGAUUUGUAAAACACAAAAUGGAAAUGCAAAGUUUCUUAUCUACAUGUUUCGUUUCUCCUUUUGUGCUUCACCUACAACAUCACUUGCUACUGAAGAUGAGACACUAUUGCCAUUAAUGUUUAACAACCACAGGCACUAUUAUUGGAAAUACUACAGUUAAUGUCUUAUUAGCAUUGUUGAAAUGCUGUGCUAUCUGUAGGCUAUUCUGUUGUAAAUAUUUGCUGUCGUCAAUCCCUACAAGGUUUCCAGUAUGGAAAAUGACUGUGUUGCUAAUUCUGCAUGCUUAGCUAAUAUCCAGAAUUUGAAUACAAUUGCUAAUACUGUAAGUGCGGGACAAAUAACAUUUUCCUUUGUGGUAUUUAAAUUAAAAGUUAACAAAAUUAUAGCAAAUACAUUUCUCUGAACUUUGUAAAGCAACAGAUAUAACUAUGUAAACUUAAUAGCUGUACAUGUUUCCACUAUUUUAAAAGCAAUUACAUGUGUUUGCUACUGGAAUCAUAUGCUUUCGAUCUGAAAAAGAGUAUGUAAGGGUUAGUAGUUUUUAAGAAAAAAAAGGUAUCAGUAUCUACAAAUGUUCACACACACGUAAAUGUACAAAUGUGUUACUAUCUACUUAAUUGUAUUGGUGUUAGAUCAAAGAUCUCAAACAUGAAGACCUUAGAAAAUGUAUAUUCUGUGUAGCUGAAACAGGACAUGUGAGAGGUUGACUAAGACAACAUGACAAAGAAAACUCAAAAGUAUUUUGGGGGGUUUCUGGAAGUGAAUCUCCACAGUUUAGAGGCAGAAUAUCUGUAAAAUGUAUAAUUGUAUGAUUUCAAGUUGUUUCUGUAUUGAAAUAAUUUUCCGUAUUGAAAAAUGCUGAGAUCUAUCCUCGAUGAAAUACCUUCACAAUUAACAUACAUAACACUUAACAGUCCCUCUGACAAAUGAGUGAAUUAAUAUAAGUUGUCAGAAAAUAGGGGUGUACCAUUUUGGCAAUGUUUUGUGAUGGCCCUAAUGGCUAUAAAUAAAAAUCGAUGUUAAAUUUGCUUUGCAAGAUCCCCAGAAUCCAGCAUGGUAAACUAGCCAUCUUGUGAGCUCACAUUCUGUUUCACAUGAUGGGUCAGUCCAGCAAUUAACAGUAGGUCUACAUUAUUGACAGCCACUGCCAACAGACUUGUAGACAUUAUUGUUCCAGUUCAUGUAUUUAUUGUUCUUAAUUACUGAAAGUUAAUCCAAUUGUCUGUGAUGGAAUUUUGGUUUCAAACAACUUCAGUCAGAGCGACGAUUUACAAGUGACUUGAAACAACAUGUAAGCACAAUAGUUACUGUUGAAUUUCCCAACUUGAAUUCUGUUAUGAUUUCAAGUAUAUAGUUUGACAAUGAUAUACUACUUCUGUUGGCAUAAUGGUAUACAUUAUCAAUCAACUUAAAAUAAUGAAAUCAAAGAGCAUAAUCCCAGGAAAUAUUUGCAUGAGUAGACAUCUAAUGCCAUGAAAUUGUCAUAGAGGCAGGUGAUGUGAUGUAGGUCAAGGAGUUUGUCAUAAUAAAUGUUCUCAUCAAAUGAAAAGUGAAUGGUAUUUUAUGAACUUAGUUGUGCGAGUACAGUUUUAUAUUAAUUACAUUUCAUGAUACAUAACAUAUUUGACAUGCUUUCUCAGACAGUUGAUUAGAACGAUUUGGGAACCCAAAUAAUGACAUAACUGGUUGAUGACAUGACUGGUGUUCAAGAUUCAUUGGUGCUGAGGUGGACUGAUGAAAUCUUUGGUCAGAGUGCUCUGCCUUUCACUUGAACAACAUUGAAUUCCAACUGCUUUCCAGCUGUUUGUAGAUCUUCUCUCUGCCUUACAAGUUUACCCCUUGCCUCGUGAAGUUGCUCAUUAAGCUCCAAGUAUCUCCGACUCUGAAGGUACAUGGACUCCAUGUCAUUGUCUGGUGACCCACUGACAUCUAUGGAAAAAAAAAGACAUUGGAAAAGAUAUGUGACAAGCUCUGGUAAAACGGGGCCAUUGUCGGCCAAGGUCAUUUCUCCGCUUUUUACAGAUUGUGAAAGUGCAUAUUGUAAACUUUCAAAUGAUGUGUCAUACAUUGAAAUCUGAUAAUAUCUGUUGAUAAUAAAUAAAUAGUUGACAAUGCGCGUAUCUAAACGAUAUCCAUACUCCCAAUGUUAGAGUCAUAAAUAACAGGAAGAAUUUCAGAAGAAAUUUGAGAAUUUUCGAACA